AUGGAAAAAUUAAAUGAAGAAAGAAUUAUACUUAAUGUCGGAGGAAUAAAGUAUGAAACUUAUCGUUCGACAUUAAUAGCGUUUCCCGAAACAUUACUUGGCACAAUGUUUCAAGAAAGGAAUAAUGAAUUAUUGAAUUCAACAAAUAACAAUAAUGAAAGUAAUAAAGACGAAUAUUUUUUUGACAGGAACGGCAAAGCUUUUCAUUAUAUUAUGGAAUGGUAUCGUAAUGGUGGCGAAAUAAUUUGGCAUAAUCAUCACGAUGGAGCAACGGUAGCAACAGAAGAAGGAAAAAAUGAUGAUGUUAAAUCUUUAAUUGAAACAAUUGAUGAUUAUCGAUGUGAGUUUGUUGAAGAUUUUAGCAUAACGUUUUAUAAAAGAGAGAAUUUUACAAGAUCAAAUAAUGAAUUUGAGAUUUCAGGAUAUGGAAUUAUUAAUAAUUAUUUAUCAUCAAUAAUUGGAUUAUUAUUAGGAGGAGAUGAGAAUAAUGACAACGAAGAUAAUAAAAAUAGUAACAAUAAAUCAAUUGAUGAAAUUCUUAUGGUUCGUAGUGAUGAUUUAACACCUGUUGAAGAAAAAUACAUUCAAUUAAAUGUCUACUUGAAUUAUGAUUAUGAUAAAAUUUUUGAAAAUAUCAAGAAAUUUAGCUUAGAUUAA